AUGAGUUUACCCUACCAGUUGUUUUUUGACAAUUUGUUUACAAGUCCAGCACUGAUGAAACAUCUGAAAGAUAGAGGUUAUGGUUCUACAGGAACUGUCCGAAUCAACAGAUUGCCAAAAGACUGCCCUCUUUCAUCAAAAAAAGAUAUGCAAAAUGAAUCUCGAGGAAGCUUUCAAUGUAAAAUAGAAAAAGAAGAUGGCAUAUUUGUCGCUCGCUGGAAAGACAAUAGUGUUGUUACAGUCGCAUCGACAUCAUAUGGUAUUGAGCCUAUUGCUAGUGUGAAGCGCUUCUCUCAGUCAGAAAAGAAAUAUCUCCACAUUCAACAACCCUUUGUGAUAAAACAGUAUAAUCACCACAUGGGAGGGACGGACCUUAUGGAUGAGGACAUAAGCACCCACAGAAUUGGGAUCAGGGGAAAGAAGUGGUGGUGGCCUUUGUUUACAUGGCUUAUAGAUCUGGGCACCACUAAUGCUUGGCGACUUCUCAGAUUGUCAGGGAACAAAAUGACAAAACUGACAUUUAGAAGAGAAAUAGUUCAAUGCUACUUAACAAGGUACAAGACUCCUCCAGCUCUUCCCGGCCCAAAAAUUCUACCAAAGGCUUCACUAAAUGAGAAUUAUAUGAAUGGAGCAGUGGAAGAAACAACCAGCGAAUUGUUGUACAACGCCCACUUGAGCGACAAUACCGGCUCAUUAAUAUCUCUGCGUUCCCAGGAAAGAUGA